AAAAGAUUUGUAGUUGUGUCUGCCAUGCGUCCAGGCGUUGACGUCACGCCUGCGGAGAAAGAGCUUUACAAAGCAAAGGAGUCGCUUUCCCUUCUCAAUCAACUUGCCUCUCAAGCCGAACGUGGUAGUGCAAUUGAGUUCCAAAAAGCUCUGGAUGUUCUUCUGGAAACAUCCCACGCUAUGCAGCACCUCGCGCGGGGCAAGAUUCCGAGCGAGGAGAUGGUGGAUGCGAGUUGCAGGGACCCAUUGACAAACUCAACCAAUCAGCACAGUGGGAGUGCUAAUCAGGCUGGCGGGAUCAGCAGUCUUGCGAUGCGAUCCUCCAGUUCUACUCGGGGGGCGUAUGUGGGUCUCAGUAAACUUACCAGUAGUACAGCCGUAACCGAGCUACAGCGACGACGGGCGGAGCAGGUGCUUUCGGAACUCCAACUGCUUGAUGGUUUUUUAAGACGCCAGAGACGGAAGCUUGAGCAGCAGCAACAGCAUGUCUUCAACAUGGAGCAGCUUCUCGGGAAUACUCAAGGAGCUAGGGAAGAUGAGAGUAUCAGCUAUGAUGAUCUUACCCACCUGGGCAAGGAAGAGAAAGGGUUGAAGUAUGCGCGGCGACAUAUACAACAUAUGCAAAUGGAGAGUCAGGCGGUGCUAACCGCGCUGCAGCAGCAGAGCCGUCGACUAGGCGGUGUGGGAAACAAGAUGGCGGAUAUGAUGGAAUCCAUUGGCGUCUCUAACACGACAAUUUUGCAAAUAGUGCGUCGAAAUCAGCUCGACGCAUGGUUGGUGUAUGGUGGGAUUAUUGCAUUGAUCAUACUUAUGUGGUAUAUUCUUUAGUCCACUUAUUCUUUGAAAUUUACCCUUCUUGUCAAGGUAGCAUUGUAUUGACAAGGCCUACUAAUAUAUAUUUAUGAAGCUUUAUUAAGGCACACGACCGCACACUAUAUUAUUAUGGCGGUACUGUGUCAUCGGAAAGGAAGUGGGCUAAUUCGCAGUUUUUUUUAUGCAUGAUACUGAUAAAGCUCAAGAACAUAAACCACUUCAUGCUUUUUUUAUAUAG